AUGUCAAAAUUAAACGUUCUAAGUGAGUCGCCUUUUACAGAAAUUCCAAAAAUUUUACAAAGACCCCCCAAAAAUCCCAAAAAAAUCGCACAAACUUGCAGAGUCAACAGUGCCGUACGCAGAAGGUAGUUUCCUUCUCCGUGCCCUGAAUAAUGCGUGCGACGGCUUCGAAUUGUCCCCGCAAAAGUCGUUCGUGGCCUUGUGCACAGUCUACCAUCCGAUCACCGAAAACGUGCAGAACAUUUCGAACGAACUGGCGCGUUACGUGGCCGGGAUGGACGAGAAACUGAUCGACGAGCUGACGGUCGGCAGUAUUUCCGCACUGCUCGCCACCGUCAUCAACAUCCAGCGGAAGGCGCCGCUCGUCAACAUGGCCGUUCGCUGGUACCCAGUUUCCUUCGUUUCUUCUUAUCAACGAGAGAAGCUCUUUUGUUCAGGUUAAUGAAGCGAAACCUGCGGAACGAGGAAUUGAACGCAGUGCUGCAGAGCAUAGUGGUCCGCAAUAUUCCAUUUCGGAAAGUGGCGGUCAUCCGACUGGCCCUCCACACUUAUUUACAAAAAAAAGAGCUCCAGGAGUACUUUGAGCUUCAUCUGAACACGGCCGGAUUCGUGAAUUUGAGGCGGAAGAAGUCGGUGGAUUCGGGCAUUCGCGACGAGGCGGACAAGCUGAAUUACCAGCGGAUAUUGAGGGAAAUAUUCGAAAAGUACGAGAAUCCGUUUGGGAACGGCAAAAAGAAACUGAACAUGGACAGAUACGAGAAACAAGACAGACGGUGGGAAAAUUGUUUUUUUUCGUUCUAAUGGGGCUAUUCAGCGUAUAUUUGUUUUCCGUUUUUUUUUCGUUUUUUUACACCGCUGAAUUGGAUUUUUUGACGUAAAAAACGAAAAAAAAACGGAAAAAAGUCAUUUUUUUAACAGCCUGAAUAACCCCAUAAUUUUGAAAAAAAUACGAAUGUUUGCAGAGCGCGAGCGCUUGGAUUGGACAGGAUUCUGCACAAGAAACGGCUCGUCAACCCGUUAUUUCAGUUGGAAUUCGAAGAAAGAUACGCGGAAGAAAUCGAAAUGGACGAACAACUGGGAUACGGCCCGAAUCCGUCCAUGCACACACCCUCCACGUACGCAAUUCAUUUUGCCAAUUAUCAAAACAUACAAAACAUUUGCAGAUUUGGAACGUUUUCGAAUCUGGAACAUUUGAAAACACCGGAAAGAGUGGAGGAUUCGGAAGAAGUAGAAGAAGAAGAAGAAGAAGAAGAAGAAGAAGAAGAGGAAAUCGAAGAGCAGAAUAAUGAGUAGGUUCUAAGCAAAUUUGCUCUAUUUUUCCGAAACCAUUUCCUCAAUUUUUUUCAGAACGCCGUUCUCUUCGUUCAAUCACUCGAAAUCUGCGACGACGAUUAUCAAACCGAUUGGAUGUAGGCUCUUUUGUUUAAAACCACUUUUUCUCGAUUUCUUCUUUUCGAGAAAAAGUAAUUAUUGGCCCCUUAAAUGUCUGGCAAUCUCGCUCCAUCGCAAUCCCACGUGGAGUGCAGUGGAGCGCGAUUGUCAGACUUCUGCGGCAACUAUUAUUUUCAGUCCCGAAAGUGGACGAAAUAAUUCCGGUGACAAUGCGCAAAUUGGUGACGCCUACGUCGAAAAUGAAGCGGAAAGCGCCGAAAACAGAACGAGAAUAUUUGGAGGAACGGAAGACGCGUGGACGGACGGACAAGUGGCGCAACGAGGCCGUCGCAUCCAGACCUUUGCAUUCAAAGUCUUUCACUCAUUUUGGAGCUUCAAACGGUCGAAAUGGUACAUCGUGCCGAAAUUCCGGACCAUUGACAACAGGUCUCCCUUUUCCUUCUUGCUAUAAACGUUUUUGGAAAAAUGUUUUCAGAGAAGACCCAAUAUCAGAUGCUAAAAAACGCCGAGCCGUCGAAAAUUUCGCAAUCACUUCAAGAUCGCAUCGACGCACUCGACAAAUUAUUCAUGGAACUUCGCGCAUUUUAG